AUGAAAAAAUUCAAUGGUCACUUCUACCCGGGGCUCUAUCUUUUCUGCUAUGGACUCUGUCAGGCAAUGGUGGUCUUUCAUGGCAUGAUGGUCAGGGACUCUCUCCUGUAUCCUUCAUGCCCUCCCAAGAAUAAGGGAAGAUGGGCCUGGCUGUGGAAAAUAUCCCAUAGAGGUUUAUUGAAGGUGGUGACUGGCUCCAUCUUAGCGGUGUAUGUGGUCUUCUGCAUUGAUGAUGGGAUGGUGCUACUGAGCAAGGAGACACCACCAAGAUUUAUGUACCCCCAAGAGUGGCAGCACCUCACCAUGUUCCUCCUCCUCACUCUCAAUGGCUGUGCAGACAUCAUAAGCAAGAACCUACUGCGUCAGAGGUGUGUGGUCCUAGAAAAAGCAAGUCAGGUCCUGAACUUCUACAUGCUCCUGCUCCUGCUGGUGUCCCAUAGCCAAGGCUCUGCGGAGGUGGAGCUGCAGGUGCACACGCUGCUCAUCCUGGUGGUGUUCCUGCUGAUGCUCGUGCUGACUGCAGGGCUGUGGGCUCCCGAGACCUUUCACCUCUCACUCAUCGAGAACUUUCUAUUCCUGAUGAUGGGCUCCUGGCUGAUGCAAGCUGGCUUCAUUCUGUUUCGGCCGGUCUCUGGCUACCCGUGGCAGGAUGAUGACAUCAGGGAUGUCAUGUUUGUCACCACCUUCUUCUGCUGGCAUGUGGUGAUCAACGCCCUGUGCCUGCUGGGCAUCUAUGGUGCCUCUUCCUUUUGGCAUCAUUGCUAUAGACCCAGCUCGAAGCUGACAAGAUCCCGAGAUGCCCCAUGUUCCAUGAGUGCUGGAGGAUCCCUCUAUAUGUUGCUGCAGCAGGUGGAGCCGCCAGAGAAGGAUGAGCAUGUGCCCGUUCUUUCAAAGAGCUAG